AGGAUGGGUUCUGCUCCCCAGAGGCAGAAGCAAGGGGCUGGCCAAAAUAACCGCGGCACUCCCAGGCACUGAGUGUCGCCCCAGAGCUGAGAGUUCUGGAAACUGAGGUGCCCCGCUGACCCUCCCUCCCGCUCUGUGCCCACAGGACUCCCGUGAGCUCGCCAGGUGGGCCUGGCCGGGCCGGCGGCAGGACGGAGCCUGAUGUGUGCCCGGCGUCCCCAGGCCCAUGCCGCCCCCAGAGAAGAGCCGAGGCGCCCCGGCCCAGGCGCUCGCGGGCCGCGCUCGGGGUCGGCUGCCCGGGCUGCCGUCGCCGGCGCUGUUCUGCGCCUGCGGCCUGUGCGUGCUGCUGGCGGGCGUGAACGUGACGCUGGUGGGCGCCUUCGCCUCCUUCCCACCCCGGAGCAACGCGCCGCUCGUCGUGGGGCCGGCGCUGCUGGCGCUGGCGCUCGUCUGCUUCGCGGCCUGCUGCGCGUGUAGCCGCCGGGGCCCCGCGCCCCGCGCGCGCUCGGCGGCGGCCUCGGGCCCGGGCCGGGGCGGCGGCGGCGGCGGGCCGGUGGCGCUGGAGAUGGAGAGCAGCGAGCGCACGGCGCAGGACACCACGGCCGUGCAGCUCAGCCCUGCCGUCUCGGCCGCGUCCUCGAGCCGCUCCAGCCCCGGCCCCUUCGCCCUGGACGCCUCCGCGCCGGCGGCGGCCUAUGUGCCGCGCACCGAAGCGGUCCAGCUCAACCUGCCCCGGGAGCGCGUCGCCCCCUAGCGGACCCGGUGCCGGGCCCUGACUCCCUGUCGGGCUCCCUUCGUUCGGUGCCACUUAAGAAAAAAAGAGGAGUGGGAGAGAGGAAGGAGAAGAAGGAAAAGGAAAAAGAAAAAAAAAAUCCAUAUGGGUCGGGUGCUGGGCACAGGUGGCCUCAUCUGUCCCAUCUCUGGAACGUCUGGAGGGGAGAAUGUGACGGUGAAGAGGCACACUCGCCAAAGGAGGGAGCUGUGCCUUGGCCCAUUAAGUGAGGUCUGCUGGGCCCUACUUUACCUCACCCCCUAGACUUGAAGUAACGGGGCCCCUGGACCUUCGAUCCCUACCACCACCACCCAUGGCACGCGGGCACUGUGAACAGAGCUGCUCUGAGAGGGACUAACUACCAGCAAGGCCCCUGAGCCCAAGGGGUGGGAGGAAGCAGGGGCAGGGAGGAAUGCCCUGCGCACGGCGAAAGGCCACCAGCUCCCACUUCUCCUUCUGCUCUCCUUGUCUCUACCCCAACAUCAUCUUUGGGGAUUAAGGGGGUGUGAGGAGGUCCUGAUUUGAGCCAGGAUAGUCUCCCAAGGUAGAACUGGGAUGAGCACUCCACUGACUGGUAGAUCAGAUCCGGGGGAGUUGAGGCUGACGCACGACAGGGAUGAAUGGUGAGGGGGCUCCUCCAACCAGGAAGGCCUCAGUGUGAUCCCCACUGCAUUCCCGAUGAGCCUCUCUCCUCAGUAAAGCACCUCUAGAGUCCAGUCCUCUGUGAUGGUGCAGCCUGGGGUGAGAGGCUGCCUGUGGAGCUUCUAGCUGAGCACCCUUGAUUCUGGGGUCCUCCUAGCCAAGUGCCUCAUCUUCCUAGCACCGGCCCCUCUUGGAGACCUGGAAGGGGCCCCCAGGGGAGAGGAGUGUGUGACCGAUCAUCGUGGGAACAAGUGUGUGAGAUUGGGAGCGGGGUGAAUCUAUGUGUCUGUGCAUGGGGUUGCCUGGCUACGCGUAAGAGAUGGGGAGUGUGGGAGUAUUUGGGUGACAGUAUCUAACGUCAUACACGAAUGUGAGAGUGUGUGUGGGUGUGUGUGGUGGUGGUUAAGGAGUGAGUCACCCAGUGAGAAGGAUGAGAGAAGCACUCCCCGGGGCUGGUCAAAGCCUACACCUUUCCCCUGACAUGCCUGCGUUCUGCCCAGUGAGUGAGGGCAUCUGGUAGAGGGAUGGAGGCCGCCUCACAAGAGAAGCAAGGGAGCU